CAUUUUAGGUCGUCCGCUGUCGGUCUCCUAAACCAAGUUCCGCUUCGCUAAAUAGUAGCCUUCGAUCUCGCCAAUAUGUCUUAACUGUAGCGGCACGCAGCUGUGACCCAUUUCUGAAAGAAACAUGUCGAGGACUGUUUCGGCGACGACUUUUAAACUGUCUUCAAUGUUAUUGUUCGUUUGGGUGUUGAGCUUUCGGCCGGCGACAUCGCAGGGUAACCUUGCCGCGAGUCAUGAAAAGCGAUGAUGGCCAAGCAUUAUUUACCAUGACCCUUUAAACCCAGAGGGCGUCCCUGAACUUGCGGAGGGCGAGGAUCCGACGUUCCUCAAGCGUCAGUUCAAAACGGCCGAGAUGGCCGAUGCCGUGAUGGGUAGCGAGGCCGCCAUCGACCCGUCCGACAUGGAGUCUCUCUUCCCCAAGAACGUCCAAGACGCCCGGUCGGGCUUCUCGCCGCCUUGUGACGACGGUGCAGAGUGUCCCCCCACCGAGGACGAAGAUGCCGAGAUGUCUCAGCAGGUGACAUUGGAAAUGGUCCACGCUCCCGCCGCCGAGGAGAAGAACGCAGAGGCCGCCAAGACCUUCAAGGUCAACUGCGACCAGAGAAACGUCAGCAGCGUGGACACCUUGGCCGUUAACGUCCUCAACGCAUCGCAGGACCUGAUGGAGUUCUUGAGCGUCAAUGGCAGCGAGUGCUCCGUGGUGCUCUUCUUCACGGCCUGGUGCCAAUUCUCGGCCGGCCUGGCGCCGCACUUCAACGCCUUGCCUCGGGUCUUUCCUGCCGUGCACUUCCUGGCCCUGGACGCCUCAACGCACAGCAGCCUAUCGACGCGUUUCGGGACGGUGGCGGUGCCCAACAUCCUCCUCUUCCAAGGGGCCAAACCCAUGGCUCGCUUCAACCACUCCGAGAGAACCCUGGACACGCUGGCCUCCUUCAUUACCAACCAGACGGGUUUGGAGGCGGGGCCGGAGAGAAACGUGACGGCGGCCGACCACCUGGGCCCGCUGGCCAGCGUGCCUGUCGCGGGUGUCGAUUGGCUGCUGGUCUUCUCCGUGCUCUUCAUCGCCAGCUUCACCGCCUACGGGAUCCUACGCGCCGACAGCAUCCGCUGGCUCAUCCCGGGACAUGAGCACGAACAUCAGGACUGACCCAAACGCCGGCGUGAACGGACGCUCCCCCUUUUUUUCACGAUUGGUUUCACGGAGAACAUUUCGAGUAAAGAUGCUGCGGUGAGGACGCUGAGCAA